CAAAGAGAGAGAGAGAAAAAAGAGAAAAUCGAUUUAAACUCGACACGCGAAACAAAUAUUGACAUUAACAAAAUCCGAACGCGUCGAUCCGAACACAACAGCGCGCGUGUGAUCUCGUUUCCAUGGUAACCAAACGACGCUUCCCCGUCGCCUUGACGAUCAGUGACGCUCUUAACGUCUGACAAGAAACGCACUCCAGCCUUGGGAAAAAAAAAACGUUUAAUUUCUUUUUUUCUUUUUGUUUUUUCUUUCAACGUUUGUGGCCGAAACGUUUUUUUUUUGACGGUUUCCUGAUACGACUAUUAGUUUUAUUUAUUUUUUUUUUCUAAACUCCCGAAUUGAUGGACAGAAAAGGAGUGUCAGAGAAGAGAUCAUAAUUGAUUUAUCUAUAUUGUAAUAGAUCAUUAUAGAAAAAAAAGUUCACUGGUCAUCGAAAAAAGGAAAAGAGAAAUAGAAGAAAAAAAAAAUCCGAAAUGGAAUUAGACGAAACCAUUACCAAUCUCCUGCCGAGAAGACAAGUUAUUUUCAAAAAGGAGAAAAGGCACGUGUCCCGCCACCACGAGCAGGUGCGGGCGGAGCAGAAGGCGAGCAGGGCCGCCCACGCCACCAUGGGCCACGCCAUCACGCCCUUGGACCCGCCCACCAGGUUCCUCCGGAGUCGGACGAGGGGGGAGAUCGAGCGCCUCGUUAGGGAAAAUAACAAGAGCAAAGCGGCCGCGUUGCAACACCGAGAGUGUGAGAAGCGACCUGCACUGCCUCGCCCCGUGCGCUAUCCGCCGGCCGGCAGAGACAGAGGUGGGGUGAACUGGAUAACAAAUAACGUUAAGGAGGUGAAAGAAGCACCAGUACAGCAUCCCAGUCCCAGGUACGUCGAUGGGCCUACCGGGGAUGCUCACAACCUGGUUACUUCCGGUCUCUAUCCAAAUUACAUCUUCAAGAAGAAUUUCGGCCGCGUCCCCGCCUACCUCCGCAGACGACAGGCAGAGAUACACUUCGAACAGGAAUUGGAAGAAACGGGAAGAAGAGGAAGAGGAAGGAAGAAGAAGAAGAAGGAGAGGGAAGAGGAGAAGGGAAGGGAGAAUACCCGCUAACUAGCAGAAGCAGGAGCAGGCGAGAGAAUGAUGAGGAAGAUUUUACUUUGCUGACUGAGGACGAGAGGGUGGAGCUUCUGAAGGGCCUGCGGGAGAACCUGAAGGAGGCGCAGCGGCAGUUGCAGUCGCUCCCCGUCGUGUGUGAGACCAACGCCACGAAACACAAGCGGGAUUUUCUGGAACACAACGUCAGUGACCUUGGGAGGUACAUCUUCCUUCUGGAGAAUCACAAGGUCGCUAUCAGGGAUUAGGCUGGUCGGUAAGGCCGCUUUGGUUAGGAUAUUGGGUAUCGAUGGUGUGGGUGUUGGGAAGGUCAUGGGGUAUGGGCGCCGGGAAGGUCAUGGGGUAUGGGCGCCGGGGAGGUCAUGGGGUAUGGGCGCCGGGAGGGUCAUGGGGUAUGGGCGCCGGGAAGGUCAUGGGGUGUGGGCGCCGGGAAGGUCAUGGGGUAU